GAGGGAGGGGCGUCGCUUUCAUUUGCUUUUCCAGACAUCCAUGGUUUCCAGCUCUUUCAUUUGCUUUUCCAGACAUCCAUGGUUUCCAGCUCUUUCAUUUGCUUUUCCAGACAUCCAUGGUUUCCAGCUCUUUCAUUUGCUUUUCCAGACAUCCAUGGUUUGCAGCUCUUUCAUUUGCUUUUCCAGGCUCUCACUCUGCUUUAUUCCACUUUGCUGUGCUGUUGUUGUGGUGAACUUUUCUAAGGGCAGGACACAGUGAGGAAAGUCAGGGAUGAAGACAAGCAGAGUGAGUCUGACAGGUCUUCAGAUAAAGGGAGUGAAACCAGAAAGGGCGAGAUCGAGGCCGGGGUGUCUGAAUACAAAGAGAAGAGAUGAAAGACAGUGUGGCUUGUACUGCCACUCAUCAGAGCAACAGAAUGGAUUCUUCAUGCGUUUUCUUAGCAUACUUUGCAUCUUGAGGCAACACACUUUUUAAUCACAAAUUUCCAGUUUGGAAGAGGCCUCACUGAAACUAAACCAGGCUGGAUUAACUGCAUGGCUUCCCUGUCGUGGCGGAACCCGGAUCCUGCGAGGGUCAGGAGGUUGGCAUCCCAGUCCAGGAGGGACAGUCUGUCCUCCCCCAGUUUGGAGGAACCCUUCUUCCCAUUCCCGUCUCAGAGAAGAGAGUCUAUGGGGAGCCCCCUGCCCCCCCCACUGGAACACACCAGCUCCGAGCUACUGGAGAGGGACCUCAUACUGGCAGCGGAACUGGGACAAGCCUUACUGGAGAGGAACGAGGAACUGGGAGCCAAGCUGGAAGAGAGGGACAGAGAGAUAGAGCUGCUGAAGCAGCAGUGCUAUGAGAUGAAGCUGAAGCAGGACUCUGUGGAUCUGGAGUGGUCUCAGCACAGGGCGGACCUGGAGUCGGACCUGGGGCUGGCAAGGGCCCAGCUGGAGCAGUGGCAGAACCAGGACCGGGAGAGGCGGAGAGUGGAGGGGGAGGAGCUGAAAGAGCUGUCCAAUCACAACCAGAGGCUGGUGGAACAGCUUUCUGAGGCAGUCAGGGUGCAGCACGAGUUGAUGUCAGAGCUGCGAACACUGAGGGAGGAGUUUGAAGAGAGAGACAUGAAGAAUUCAAUCCGGACGGCCAGAAUAGAAGGGCUGCAGGCGGAGAAUGUUCUGCUGCUGCAGAGAAAGUCAGAAGCAGAAAAGCAAAUGAAAUCGCUUCAGGAAGAGAAUGAGAGGCUGCGGAGCGCCUCUGAGGCUCUGCGGGAGAAAGUGCUGGAGCAGCAGGAGAGGGAGGAGGAGAAAGAGAGAGAGCUCUUACAGGGCAGGGCUGACUUGUUUGAGCAGCGGAGCCUGAACCAUUCCCUGCAGACUCGAAUUCGAGACCGGGGGGAAGAGGUCAGCUUCACAGAACCCGGGUCCUUCACACCCUCCAUCCAAUCAGAGCUGGAGCAAGCACAGAGAGCUGCCGUUUCUCAGGAGAUCUGGACGCAGAAAGUUGAGGAAACUCAGAGACUGGAAAAUGAGCUGCAGUGCCAGGGAGCUGAACUGGAAUCUUUAAGAGCAGAAGUGCAGCGUCUGAAACAGCAAGCUGAUCAAACUGACAAGAGCUCUCUGGAAGCUGAACUGGAUCGCGUCAGAUCGGAGCGAGACUCCCUCAACCUGCAGCUGUUUAACACCAUCCAACACAAGGUGGCGCUAGCACAGGAAGUGGAGGACUGGCAGGAGGACAUGCGGGUGGUGAUCAGACAGCAGGUCCGGGUGCAGAGCGAGGAGGAGAGAGAGAAGGAACGCAAGGCUUCAGUGAAGAGAAAGGACCGCUCCCAAUUCAACAGGAGAUCAUUCAGAGGGAGCGGAGAGGGGAGUGAAGGAGGGAGCAAGGACGGAUUCUUCUCAUCCCUCUUCAAACAGAACUGAGAGAGAGACAGAGAGGGAGGGAGGGAGAGAAGGAGGGAUAGACAGAGAGGGAGAGCGCUAGGGAGGGAGGGAGCAACAGACAGAGAGAGAGGGGGGCGUUUUUGUUUUUUCUUUUUCAAUUUCUGUUCAUGUAGGGUGAAUUGACCAAGCCAGUGAAACGGUAACUUGCAUAUUAGAGACUUCUAUGACGAAUGGAAGUGUACAGCAGGGGCGAGGUGUGGGCCUGCUGUGUGAGCUGCAAUCACGAUGCACAACACUGCAGCGCACCACACAUUUACAAACGUGUGCCGGGCAGCUGGAGUCAAGGGUGGAGCAGCAUGGAGAAGCUACAGCACACAGCGAGGUCAAGAGAGAUCAGGAAACGCACUUCAUUCAAAUGCUGCUCACCACGGACUACAUUUAUGAAUUCCAGUACUAUAUAAAUAAAAGGGUUAUUUAUUUGAAAAGGAAUUGAAAAAAAGCAAUAAAUGCAACGCAGCUGUUUUAUACACAGUAUUUGUGGUUUAAUUUGAAAUGACCUUGAUGUUGCAUUACAGCUUUAACUAUAUAUGAAAUAAACAGACACACAUAAAUAAGAGAAGAGAAAACAGCGGGAGAGAGAAUCAAACAUGGAAACAAUGCUAGAGUCCUGCCUUCGGAAAGCAGCGGCCGAUGAAAUCAUGUGAAGAAAGCCCUUGUGUUUCUGUCGCUUCACGUGUGAAACGUGACGAGGGUGUGAGUGCAUCACAGACACAUCGUUUUCUUUUCAACACUCAUCCGUACUGUCACAGUGUACAUGUUUGGUUUCUUUAUUGAAGAAAGUUGUCUUUUUCUGUAAUAAAGUGUGUGUUUGUCAAA